AUGUCCCUCGACCAUGCCUCCUCUCAGCCCCCAAAGCCACUGGCGUUCGAGAUGGUCGCUGCCACGAGGGAAUUACACACAAGAAUCAACAGACUGGUGGUAUCUCGACUACCACUGGCCUUACCUCCACAGGCCCCCGAUGCUGGUCCAUAUAUCAGCGGCUUGUUGCAUCUUCUUCCAGUAUACAUGACGUUUGAGAAGCUUUGGCAAGAUAUAAUACCCGAUACUCUUCCUCAGGAAACCGCGUUGGAUGAUGAAAGGCCAAAGAUUUCCGAGCGCAUGCAUACGAUUCUCAAAGAGCUCAGGAUUCCCCAACUCUUUCGUUCAGAUAUUCUCAGAGCCGAUAUCAAAUCCAUGACUGGCUGGUCCGACGAUAUCCUCGAUAACCAGAUAGACGUCAUAAAACGAAAAGGCAAACUUUGCGCCUUCAUCUCGCACAUCAAACAAAUCAUCCCCGAUGAACCACACACACUCAUCGCAUAUUCAUAUAACCUAUUCAUGGCCCUUUUUGCCGGAGGCCGCUUCAUCAGAGCGUCAUUCGAAAAGGCAGGCGAUGAAUUCUGGGAAACCGUCCCUAGGCCCAUCAGACCAACAAUGGAGCCUUGCAGACCAAAAUCAACUGCUCCAUCUCCGCUAGAGCCAACAUAUGACCUGGGAGAGACCAACCGGCAAUCUCAAACCCCGCUGCAGUUCUGGCGCUUCAACACAGCGGAAGACGGCGAGGAUUUGAAGCGAGACUAUAAGGAAGUGUUGCUCAGAUGGGAAAGUGAGCUGUCUCCCUGGGAAAGAGAAGACAUCGUGCGAGAAUCGGUCAUUAUCCUGGAGAACAUUGAGUCCAUCGUCAACCACCUGGACAGUAUGUUUGCCGAAGAGCAGGAAGAGAAGCCCAGCAUACAAAUCCCAAAGAGACCUUCUCUAGCGGAUCGCUUUGCGCAGACUCAAUUCGUGGCACGCAUCCGCGACAGCUUCAUGAUAGCCAAGGAACGGGGAGUAAGGAGUUCAUUGCGGAGCCAAUCGCUCGACACGACGACAACCGAAGAAGGAGAGCAGGAAUCUAAGGGUGAAUAUGCUCAUCACGAUAAUGUCGCUGCAGAUAUUGAGCUGUGCCCUGGCGUUCCGAAAUCUAUGAGAUUUGCAAAGUCGCUCCCUAUUCCGCCGCGCAGGCAUGCCCGAGUUGCUGCCGCAAAGGAUGGCAGUCUCAAGGGCAAGUUGGCUGUGCGGUCGUCAAUGCAACCCGCCAAUACUGCGAUGCCGAGACCUGUUUUGGUGGGAUUGAUCGGCUUGUUCCUCUUGUAUAUAUUCGUUCGUAUUAGGGGAAUUAUGAGUGUGGGCACUGUAAUGGUUUAG